CCCCGGUCCUUCGGCAUUUCGAAACAUGAUCACGCCAAAUGCUUCUGAAAUUAUUCAUUUGCUUUCUCGUUCGUCUAGUUUCCCAACCCAGUGAAGUCGAGGCGUCUCAAGCCAUCACACAGUUCACGGUCGUAUUCCUGGAGACUAUAGAGCCUCUAACACUCAUCUCAGCUUCCAGAAGUCAUGUCCAGCUCAUCCGCAGUCCCUCAGCCCUCAUCGCACGUUCAUCAACUCAAUGGCGAGCAGAGUCACAGCUCAAAUGAUCCCGACGCCCUCAUCAGAAGUGAUGAUCCUGAACAUCCUGCAAAUUUGAUCUGCGAUCUAUGUAGAGGUUUCUACAAUCUUGGAUGGGUCACUGGAACUGGUGGAGGUAUCAGCAUAAGACAUGGUGAACACGUUUACCUGGCUCCUUCAGGCGUACAGAAAGAGCGAAUUCAGCCCGAACACAUCUUUGUUCUGCCCUUCGCACAAUCGUCAGUCCCUAAGCCAGGUAGUAAGCGAGAUUUCAUCCGAGUACCUCAAAAGAAGGGUCUGAAGGAAUCCGCUUGUACCCCUCUAUUCUGGAACGCAUUCACCAUGCGGAAUGCCGGGGCGUGUAUCCAUACGCAUUCUCAACAUGCAGUCAUGCUUACGCUUUUGCUACCGAAGGAUGCACAAUCUUUUAAGAUCUCCCACCAGGAGAUGAUCAAGGGCGUCAGGAAAGGAGGAGUCAACUCAACACUGCGAUUCUUCGAUACGCUAGAAGUCCCGAUCAUUGAAAAUACCGCGGACGAAGAGGAUCUGACUUCUGGAAUGGCUCAGGCGAUGGAGAAUUACCCUGAUGCACCUGCUAUCCUCGUCAGGAGGCAUGGCGUCUAUGUCUGGGGUAAUACGUGGGAGCAGGCCAAGACGCAGUGCGAAUGUCUGGACUACCUGUUCGAGAUCGCUGUCAAGAUGUUACAGGCCAAGAUACCUCUUGUACACGAGGAUGAGCCAUCUUCUUGACAUGCAUGCAGCUCACGGUCGACACGCUGCAGCCUUACCGAUGAAUCUGGCAAGUCCAAGCUUAUCAUUAAGAUCCCAGGCCAUUUCGUGGUUCACAAAUGGCAAGAUAAGCCUUCUCACGCUCUGGAUGCUCUCUGGAUAAGAACA